CUAGGUCUCUGGGCUAUCCAGCCUCUGGUUCCUGGAUCUCCAGGCAGUGCCAGGCGUGGGCUCCUUCUUGUGGCAUGGGUCUCAGUCUGGCUCAGUUAGUGGUUGGCCACUCCCACAAUUUCUGUACCACCUUUACUUCAGCACAGUUUCAGGCAUGACAAAUUGUAGGUCGCAGGUUUUGUGGCUGAGUUGGUGUCCCAAUCCCUCCCUUGGAAGUCUUGCCUGGUUACAGGAAGUGGCCAGUUCAGGUUCUGUAUCCCCCAUUAGUCUUAACUUAUACAAGGUAUUUCUAUAGGUAAUGUGUGAAAGUGAAGAUCGUUAACCAAAGGCUUGCUAACAUAGAGGAAGAGCUCUCAUCACCAGAGGAAAAGGAAGUCUCAGUGACAAGCUGGUGACAGAAUGGUUGUCUCAAGGACUCCAGCGCCUGACUCCGCCGGUCAGAUGAUGGUCUGGCUGUUCCCACUUGUCUUCUGCCUUGGCUCAGGGAAUGAAGUUUCACAAAGCAACGAAAGCCCAAAGGUGGUGAAUGGUGUUCUAGGAGGGUCAGCAACUCUUCUUCUGGAGCUUCCAACAGGAAAGGAGGCCAAUCUCAUCAUAUGGAAUCACGAAGGAGAAGCAUCACAAGUCACUACAAUCCUUAUCAUCCAGCUAAAUAAGUCUGGGACUCCACAAAUCAUACACAGUGAUCUAAAGAUGCGAGAGCGACUGAGCAUCACCCAGUCCUACUUCUUGCAAAUCAACAACCUCACAAUGGCAGACGCAGGAUUGUACAGAGCACAGAUAAACACAAAAGACUCUAAACAGGACUUCUCUAUUUUUACACUGAGGGUCUUCGAACGACUGAGUAACUUAGAAGUUACCAACCAUACUCGCCUGUUUGAGAAUGGAACCUGCGAGAUCCACCUGACCUGUAUUGUGGAGAAUCCAAACCAUACUGUCUCAGUUGGGUGGCAGGCCUCAGGAGGCAUCUCUUUAGGGGAACCAAAUCUCACUGUCUCCUGGGAUCCAAAGAAUUCCAGUGACCAGAGUUACACCUGCCAAGCUGAGAAUGCUGUCAGUAAUCUGUCCGUCUCUGUCUCUGCCCAGAGUCUUUGCAAAGGAGUUUUACCUAAGGAAAAUCUACAGUGGCAACAAACGUAUAUAAUUAUUGGUACUUUGCUGGUUAUAGUCAUUGUGUGCCUAUUCAUAUGUUUUUGGAAGAAAAGAACAGGUUCUCUUUUUUUGGCUAGCCAACAUCCAGCCAUAGAUUCCUCCCAGAACACAGAUGCUCCAGGCUCUCCAGGAAGCAACACUGUGUAUGCACAAGUCACUCACCCAGUGCAGGAAAUGGAAAUACCAAAAUCUACAAAAAAUGAUUCUAUGACAAUUUACUCCAUAGUUAAUCACUCCAGAGAGCCCAUUUCUCCCAGGAUCAAUACUCUUAAGGACAUCAAGUAAGUUGGUGAAGGACUUUAAAGGAAUUCAGAAAGAAUACAUCUACUGAUCCCUUGGAAGCGAACAGAGAAGCCUGGUUUCCUACUGGCAAUGGAAUCUGGAUAUCCAGGGUUAUCAUGUCAGACUUGAUCCUGCGUAUAUAGGUCAGAUGCUUGAAGAGUAGCAAGAUCUCCAGUGUGGAACUCCAAAACUGCUUUCUAAUCCACUCCAGGACAAAUCCUGCUUUGGAUAACACACCUACAUGUUGUUUUCUCUUUGGUAUCUAAACAGAGUUUUGACCAACAGAUUAUAAUUCUGCAGGUAACGAUUUCUCUCCUUCUAGAAGGCAAGUGAAAUGUAAUUGGUUGGAGAAAGAAUAUGGUACGUUGGUUAACUGUGUAUGGGCCCACACUCAUGUCCUACAAAUCAUUUACUAGGCAGGCCUCCUGGGAUGUUAUUGACACUUGAAGCUCAUAGCCAAAAAUAAGAAGAGAAUAGCAAUACAUCAGGUCCAUUGCUAAAGCCAGGAAUCUAAGCCAUACCUGAUUACAGCCUCUCUGUCACCAAGCCCUUCAGCCUCUACCUCCAAAAUAUAUUAAACAUAUCUAUCUCUUUCCAACUUGUAGACCAUCGUUCUAUAUCCAGCCCUCCCCAUCUGGAACCUGAAUACUCCAACAACCUCUAAACAUCUCUUCUAGUUUUUCUCUUGUCUCCCUGCAGCCCAUGGCCCAAAAGACAACCAGCAAAAUGUCCCUAGUAUAUACAAUCUCUUUCUCUCACCUGCUCAUAACCAUACAGACUCCUCGUUGCACUCAGUGUGAAAGCCAGUCUCCACGGCCCAGGAUGGUCUGACAGUUCCCCAGACUCUGCUAGCAUCACUCUCUCCAUUCUCUGCUUGGCCUCUAAGACCUCUCAGCUCCUCUAUGCGAGAAGAACAAUCUCCUUAUUACAGUCACUUACAUCUGCCUCAAGGCCUUUCCUGUGCCUGUGGGUUCCUCCUAUUCUUUAGAUCUCUACUUAAACACUUUAGCUUCUGGAAGAGAUCUUCCCAUAGCACUCUACCUGAAGUAGGUUUCCUUAUCAUUCUCUUAAACCUUCCAUGUUGUUUAUCAUGUCAUUGAAUAUUUAUUUUUAUUUUUAAUAUCUGUUUCCCUCAUUAGAACAUAAAUUAGUGGGAUCAGAGACAAUAAUUAUUUUAUCGCUAAUACAUUGUGUUAAUUAAUUAAUUACAUUGUGUUAAUUAAUACCUAGCACAUUGUAAGUGUUCAAACAAUAUUUUAAUAAAUGAAUGCAUGAAUGCAUGUGUAAACAGUUUGUGCAGAAAUUAAAUAUAUAACACAGUUGGCUCUGCAA